AAAGGACGACAUUCUGAGCCAGCCUCUAUACAGCCAUAAAAACUCUUAGUUUUCACCUACGAGUUCACCUACGAGGACACCUACGAGGACUUAGUUGAUAAGAGCUGACUGGAUUUUCUUCAAGAGCCUUUUUCAAGAAGAUAUAGACAACCACAAACAAAGAGAGCAAUGAACACCCCAAGUGAAUUAGAGAGAAUGGACCAAAACAUAAAUGUGGUCACUAAAGACACACUCAUCCCAGUUGUCAGCAUGUUCCUGGAUCAGCUGACGGUGGGAAAGUGGCAAAAACUGGAGACAGGGUAUAUAGACAAGGAGACAAGAACUAUACUAACAGAAAUGUGUUUGGAUAUAAUUGAAAUAAUAGCCAAAUCUAUGCUAGAGUUGUUUAGGAACAGAAUAAAAAUGGAGGAGAAGGAUUCAUCAAGAUCUGAAGGAUCACAGACGAGCCCUGUUGUUUCAGAGGAGGAAGUGUGCAAGUGUCUGGGUAAUCUGGGUGAUGUUGUCACACAGACUUUAGCGGAGGUGAACGGUGUAGAUGACAUCCAGUACUCAGGAACAAAGGAGAUGACGAAGCUCAUAGUUGCAGGGGUCACAGAGAGAGUCAACUCUGAACUCUCCAAAAGUUGUAGUGGAGAAAAUGUUGAGGAACACACCACUGACCCUGGUUUGACAAAGAAAAUGGCUGUACAUUUAAAAAAGAUCCUAAAGAGAUGUGCAAAAAAGAUGUCGAAGGUGCUUCCGAAAAAGAAGACUCGGCAAGAGGAAAAAAUGUCUACAUCAGAGCAGGAGGAGCAGGAGACUGUGGACCCGUCUGAGGCUGAGCAGGAAGAGGAGGAUAUUAAACCAGACAGUUUUGGGACUGAGGUCAACAGUUUCAUGUCAUCUGUUAGUGAAGUCAAAAACAUCUUGGAGGAACAAUGGGGACAGAUGACUGUUUUUGACAAAGAAAGUCUUAUUUCAGAGGAAGAAACGAAGAUACUUCUUUCAAGAUCAUCCAAGGAUUCAGGAAAAUUAGCAAUUGAGAUUCUUGAAAUCUUAAAAUCUGACUUCCAACAGGAUGUGGUUGGCACGCCUGGUAAAGAGAGCAAAUCAGAGAUGGCACAAACCAAAAGAUCACUCAGAAUAACACUCUGCAGCAAAAUCAAGGCUCUCUUUGUCUGCAAAUUCGCCAGGGAGGCAAUACUGAGGAUUAUGACAAAAUUUAGGAGCAAGCAUACCUGCAGUCAAAGAGAGAUGGACGAGGAAUCAUCAAUAGAGAUGCUUAUUGAUAGUGUUGAUGACCUAGUGAAAGAAAUGAUCCCACAAGCAGACCAGCAUACAGGAAGUGGUUCCAAAGAGAUUUGCCUAUAUGAGAGACUUGCCAGCGACAUUUCCAGCGGCAAGCAUGAAAGUGUUGCUGAGAAGCUGAGUGAUACACUGACAGAUCUCCUGUUAAUUGGAGAGGAUAAGUCUCAGGUGGAGAUCCGGACUGAAGUAGACAGUUUCAUGAAGCGGAUGAGGAUCUGGCUAAAUCAGCAGGUAAAACAGUGUAAGACAAAGAUGGACAAUGUGAGCAUGGCUGUGAGACAGAUAAAGAAAGUUGUGAGCAUUCAGCAAGAAGACACAAGUGCUCAAGGGGCAGAUAAGGAGACUUUAGACCAAAGUCCAACACCUGAGUGUGAUGCAAGCCAAGAGUCCACACCUAUGCGUAAGGCAACGAAAAAGUCCAUAGCUGAGCGUAACACAUCAAAAACAUCGACCCCUGAGCCUGAAACAUCACCAAGAAACACACCUGAUUGGGUACUGCGCCUAAGAAACACACCUGCAGUAUGCCAAACAUCGACCCCUGAGCGUGAAACAUCACCAAGAAACACACCUGAUUGGGUACUGCGCCUAAGAAACAAACAUUCAUCUGCAGUAUGCCAAACAUCGACCCCUGAGCGUGAAACAUCACCAAUAAACACACCUGAUUGGGUACUGCGCCUAAGAAACAAACAUUCAUCUGCAGUAUGCCAAACAUUGACCCCUGAGCCUGAAACGUCACCAAUAAACACACCUGAUUGGGUACUGCGCCUAAGAAACACACCUGCAGUAUGCCAAACAUCGACCCCUGAGCGUGAAACAUCACCAAGAAACACACCUGAUUGGGUACUGCGCCUAAGAAACAAACAUUCAUCUGCAGUAUGCCAAACAUCGACCCCUGAGCGUGAAACAUCACCAAUAAACACACCUGAUUGGGUACUGCGCCUAAGAAACAAACAUUCAUCUGCAGUAUGCCAAACAUCGACCCCUGAGCCUGAAACGUCACCAAUAAACACACCUGAUUGGGUACUGCGCCUAAGAAACAAACAUUUAUCUGCAGUAUGCCAAACAUCGACCCCUGAGCCUGAAACAUCACAAAUAAACACACCUGAUUGGGUAUUGCGCCUGAGAAACAAACAUUCAUCUGCAGUAUGCCAAACAUCGACCCCUGAGCCUGAAACAUCACAAAUAAACACACCUGAUUGGGUAUUGCGCCUAAGGAACAAACAUUCAUCUGCAGUAUGCCAAACAUCAACCCCUGAGCCUGAAACGUCACCAAUAAACACACCUGAUUGGGUACUGCGCCUAAGGAACAAACAUUCAUCUGCAGUAUGCCAAACAUCGACCCCUGAGCCUGAAACGUCACCAAUAAACACACCUGAUUGGGUACUGCGCCUAAGAAACAAACAUUCAUCUGCAGUAUGCCAAACAUCGACCCCUGAGCCUGAAACAUCACAAAUAAACACACCUGAUUGGGUAUUGCGCCUGAGAAACAAACAUUCAUCUGCAGUAUGCCAAACAUCGACCCCUGAGCCUGAAACAUCACAAAUAAACACACCUGAUUGGGUAUUGCGCCUAAGGAACAAACAUUCAUCUGCAGUAUGCCAAACAUCAACCCCUGAGCCUGAAACGUCACCAAUAAACACACCUGAUUGGGUACUGCGCCUAAGGAACAAACAUUCAUCUGCAGUAUGCCAAACAUCGACCCCUGAGCCUGAAACAUCACCAAUAAACACACCUGAUUGGGUACUGCGCCUAAGAAACACACCCACAGUAUGCCAAAUAUCCACACCUGAGCAAGCAGUACGCCAAAGAUGCACACCCGAGUGUUCAGCACAACAAAGAUCCACACCUGAGAAAAAAUCUAGCCAAAGAUCCCCCAAAAUCCAAGAGUGGGACCAACUGACCUGUGAAAUCGUUGUGUCACAGCUGUUACGCGAGCUCCUGAAAGAUCUGCCCAUCGAUCAGUCCCACAGCGCCUACCAAACCAUCAUAGUCACUUUGAGAGACAUGCUCGUGGAGGAGCUAAGUGACUUACCCAUCGAUGUGGAUUUAAGUGCAACAAACAUAAAGAAAAUAUGCAAGAAAGUUGUCAAGACCCUGCACAACAAGGUUGGUGAUGGGCCUCUAUGGAGGGGCCUGCUGUUACAGGAUCAGUCAGUGAAAAGUUGGACCAUAGAUUCUCUGAGGUGGCAUCUUGUACCAAAAACGACCAGCGGAAUCAAAAAGUUUUUCCAAUCUAUGUUCAAGCCAUUCACUUCCCUCUUUAAAAAGAACUAGGUAGCCAUCGUCGGUUUUAGGUCCAUUUCAGGAGUACAUGUGAGCCCGCAUGUACUCCUGAAAUGGUACGGGUUUACUCCGAGUGCUUCGGUUUCCUCCCACAGUAACAUCAAAUGUCAAAAAAUAAAGAAAUAAAAAACAAACAAACAAAUAAAAUAAA